AGUGCAAACACAUGGUCUGCUUGAGUAGCUGCUAUUAUUAGAAAGGCACUAUCCUGUGAUCAAGAAGUAGUAAUGAGAAGGGAAACACCCUACGCAAGGGCACGGUGUAAUGCGGUUUUAAGAGGCUUUCUUGAAAUAGCCACGUAAACAGAAAACUUUCAUAUCGCCGAUCAGCAGUCGCGGGCACGGUAUCCACGGCCGCGACUCCGUCGUCACAGUGACGGCAUCAAGCCUGAUGCUCUUACGCGGCCCCCGUGCGCAGAUUGCGUAGUGGGGAGCCGGGCUACGGCACUGGGUGCACGGAGACGGGGAUGCUCCAGUAAACAUCUCAAGGGGUACGAUCACUAAAGGGGCUUUAAUGUUGUGGUAACUGAAGAAAGGAGGGAAUUACUCUUCACGCAACCUGUUACGCGAAGCUUUGGCAAAAGAGAAGCGCACGAUGAAUGACGUUAAACUGGCGGUCCUGGGAAGCGAAAGGGUCGGGAAAUCUGCGCUCAUCGUGCGAUUUCUUACGAAGCGCUUUAUUGGCGAAUAUGCAUCAUCAACAGAGUGCAUAUAUAGGAAGCGCUUGUCAAUUGAUGGACGGCAGCUGAAUCUUGAACUGUAUGAUCCAUGUUCUCAGGCUUGUGAAGGAAAAUCUAACGUGAACGAGCAGAUGCACUGGGCCGACGGCUUUGUGGUGGUCUAUGACAUCAGCGACAAAUCGUCGUUCCUCGCAGCGAAGGCCGUCCUCCAUCUCAUCCGGGAGCAGCAUCUCGGGGUGGCCAAGAGGGACGGAGACUCCGUGGUGUUUCUGGUGGGCAACAAGCAGGAUCUGUGCCACAUGAGGGAGGUGGACCGCGAGGAGGGCCAGCGACUGGCAGCUGAGGCCAGAUGCCACUUCUACGAGCUCUCUGCUGCAGAGCACUACCAGGAGGUAGCGCUGAUGUUCUCCAAGAUGGUGCGCAACAUCAGCCUUAGCGGCAAGACCAAGGAUCGCCGUCGGCCCAGUGGCUCCAAGUCCAUGGCUAAGCUGAUCAACAACGUCUUUGGGAAGCGGCGGAAGUCGGUGUAGGAGGUUUGAUGUGAUGCUUAGUGACAGACGCACAAGAGCCAUGUGAUCAUGACUGCAGCUACAUUAUUUCUUCAUUGUUUUUGGAGCAAAUUUUGUCUUGUGAAUCAUUAUCCUUCAAACAAUCAUACUGUAGCUGUAAUAUGUACAUUAUGUAAGGUAUCGAAAGUAACAUUUGUUAAAGUGCUAUACAAAACAUUUACAAUAGUAAAUAUAAACAGUAUUACAGUAUUUAUUUUCUUUACUCUGACAUGUAACCUUUCCCAAUUUAUACAUAAAUGUAGUUCCUUAAUCAUUAUACUGCUUGUUGCUAAAGAUUCUUUAAGAUGAAUGCAAGUUAGAGUAAGGAUGGAACGGUUCUUGUAAAAAAAAAAUUUGUGGUUUAACUGGUUUCCUGAUAUUAUGCUGUACUGGUUUGGAGUGGAUGAGUGUCAGAGUGUAACUCAUCUGUAGUUUGGAACAAUUCGUCUUCUUAUCUGAGAUCAACUGUUCAUUUGAUCAUAUUGCCAUCUGUAUUCUCAAAAUAUGUAUUGUUCACUAUACAUAAAAGCAAAACAAUGAAAAUAUGAAUUUCUGAGAAAUACUCCUUUUGUAAAUAAAGUUUCCAUAAAUGCUUGAAAA